AUGUGUGUUGAUGGUUAAUUUAAUAGUUGGGUGUGUUUAUAGUUAAAGUAUUUGAGUGUGCUGAUAGUUGGGUGGUAUAUAAUUGGGCAUUAGUUGAUAGUGCAUAAAAACAGAUUUUUAGUAAACUGGUUGUGGAUGAAGGGGGCAAAUUUUAUGAUGUUUUGCUUAUUAGUGAAGAGUUUUUGUACUAACAUAACUAUACAUGAAUUAAAAAUAUUUUUAUUCCAUUUUCACUAUGUCAUUGACAGUAAAAGCGACUACUGUUUUUUGGAAUACCCUAAAUUUUUAAGUCGCAAUACAAGACUCAGACACGCUAAAACGCUUAACUUUUCAAUUUUCUAGGAUUUCCGUCCGUGGGAAAGUCUACAUUACUGUCGAAUUUGGCCGGAGUUUACUCAGAAGUGGCGGCUUAUGAGUUUACAACCCUUACAACCGUGCCCGGCGUCAUCAAGUACAAAGGAGCCAAAGUACAACUCCUCGAUUUGCCUGGUAUCAUCGAAGGAGCCAAGGAUGGUAAAGGUCGUGGUAAACAGGUAAUUGCCGUGGCACGAACAUGCUCGAUGAUAUUGAUGGUGCUGGAUGUUAUGAAACCGUUGGGACACAAAAAGUUGUUGGAGUAUGAAUUGGAAGGUUUUGGCAUUCGGUUGAACAAGAAGCCGCCAGAGAUCACGUUCAGGAGAAAGGAGAAGGGAGGUCUGAACUUGACGGCUUUGGUGAGUGGCAUACUUUGUUUUAUAAGGAGACUAAAGGUUUUUUUAUUUCUUACCUGAUUGUCGAUUUGAUGAAUUAAGAACGUAGACAAAGGUAUAUUAAGGCUUAUUUUAGUUUUUAAAUUUGUUGUUACAGGUAACCCAAUCAGAGUUGGAUUUGGAAACGGUGAAGACCAUUCUCGCUGAAUACAAGAUUCACAAUGCCGAUAUUACUUUGAAAUACGAUGCCACAACUGAAGAUCUUAUUGAUGUGAUUGAAGGCAAUCGUGUCUACAUUCCAUGUAUUUACGUUCUAAACAAGAUCGAUCAAAUCACGAUUGAGGAGUUGGACAUCAUCUACAAGAUUCCUCAUUGUAUGCCGAUCUCUGCCCAUCACAGAUGGAACUUUGAUGAUUUGCUGCAGAAGUGCUGGGACUACUUGAAUUUGGUCAGAACGUAAGUUUGGUGAAGAUUAAUUAUAAAUUUUAUAACGUUGUUAUUGUGGCUUGACUUUUCAAAAAUUCUUGUCGACAAGGCUUUUUUACAGUUUUUAUGCAUAUAUUAAGUAUGAAAAGCUAUUUUAGGUAAGAAUUUUUUAAAUUUUUUAUUUUAUUUUUAAAUUUUAGCUACACUAAACCGAAGGGACGAGUACCAGACUUUGAAGAUCCGGUCAUUUUACAGUACGAAAAGCGGUCGAUCGAAGACUUUUGUACCAAGAUUCACAAAAGUUUGGUCAAAGACUUUAAGCACGCAUUGGUAUGGGGAAGGUCGGUGAAGCAUUGCCCUCAACGAGUUGGUAUCGAUCAUAUCUUGGAGGAUGAGGAUAUUGUUCAGAUUAUCAAGAAGUAGGUUUUGAUCUAGAUUUUUUUGUAUUUUUAUAAUUAUGAUUAGGUAUUUAGUUGUUCUAGUUGGUAUGCAACUUUUGUUUUUUAUGUUACUGAAGCUUCGGAAACAGCGAACUUUGGUAAAGUUUUGUCUAUCAAAAUAUUUUACUCUAUUACGGUAAGAUAGUGAGAAGGGAACCAUUUUUAUGCAAAUUUCAUGCCAUAAAUGCUAAAUUUGUAAAUUUUCAGGGUUUAA